CCCUCUCUGUGUCCAUGUUGGUCUGCCCUCUCCCUCUCUCUGUGUUCUCUCUCUCAAUCGGUGCCCACUCUAUGUAGCUCACCGAAGUCCCUCACCACCAUUGCUCAAGUCCGUCGCACAUCGCCACCGCCGCAAAUCGCCAUCGCCCUCUGUCUAAUGGACUCCUCAUUUCUAGAAGAUCCUCACCCAAUCUCACCUCAUCUCAGACCAACGUCGCACGCCACUGCUAGCGCCACCACCGCCGCCGCCGCCGCAUCCUCACAGGAGGAAACCGUAUCUUCUGAGCUUCCGAAACCAGAACACACUGAUUAUGCUGCCAUGAUGAGUGUUAUAUAUAGUAUGGUGAAGCUGGACUACAUUAUGCAGGAUCGUUUCUUCACUUAAUCUCAAAUCGUCAUCAGGAGAACUAGAAAGCUACAGCCUGAUGUGGUCCUUGCGCCCUUUUAUAAACAAUGAUAUCAUGCAUCAAGCUUGGAGGCUUAUUCCAUGAGUCUCGUAGGUAUGUUCUGUGAAGAUUUUUUUAUUUAUAUUUAGAUUAAUUGUAAAGGAAGAACAAUCUGUUUGACUAGUUUUGUUUUUUUUAAUAAAAAAUAGGUUUUAUUUAUUUAUUUUUUAGUGCAUUGGCAAAUUUUUGGACUAAAAAGCAAAAACACACCAAUUCUAGCUAGAGCAGUCACUUUGCACAUAGCACAAAGGUUAGGUCUGC